AUGCCUUCUCUCAGCAAGCUCUUUGGCCGCAAGUCAAAGAAGCAGUCGUCUAACUUGCUGUCUCCAGAGGAUGCGGUGAGUGGUCAGUCUCGCACCUCGUCGGUUGUUGGAUCCGAUGCUCCAUCAGAUCUCAGCUCCCAGCCUGCAGAAAAUAGACAAGAUGGCAUAGAUAGUCGUACCGCAGAAGCGUCUCAGCAGACGGGUGCGUUACCCACAGAGGAGGAACAACAAGUAGUGGCUACCUCAAUCGCGCAACCAGAGGCGGCACCUCCCUCCCUCUGGGAGCGUGCCUACGAAAAUCUGCGGGAAGAAAACUCAUCUCUUAUCAAAGAGUAUGAAAAGCUAUUGGCAAAACAUCUUUUAUCAGACCUAUCUCUUACUACCACCUCCGAGACUUCUGUGGACCAAAAAAAGAUGCAGCAAAUCACCAAACUCGGCCUGGAGAGUUUGAAUGAGAGUCGUCUCAAGUAUACUAUAGCUGGCAUGGAGUUUGUGGUAAUCGAUCAGGUUGCCCAGGUCAGCGAAGCUCUGAUAAAGUUCAAGGAGUAUGUGGCGGACGCUAUAAAGGCAUCUCCAGAAGCUUCAAUGGCAUGGGCUGGUGUGUGCGUUAUCCUCCCACUCUUCACCAACCCAAGCACAGUAGAGGCCGCGAACAAAGAGGGCUUCUCGUAUGUGGCAUCACGGAUGGGAUUUUAUUCCGGACUGGAGCCAUUGUUAUGGCCACAACAGGUACAGCUAAGGCAGGACUUGCGAACCGAGCUUGAGACGAGCUUGGUCAAGCUCUAUACAGCGCUCAUUACAUUCCACGUCGAAAGUGCACUGAGGUUCUAUCGAAAUUGGUUUGGACGGACAAUACGAGACAUGGUAAAAUUUGAACCAUGGGAAUCAAUGUUGAAAUCUGUAAAGGACGCAGAAGCCGUUGUGGGUACGUAUUUCGACAAGGUUAAUGAUGUGACCGUCCGGAAAGGAAUUGAAGAGCUUGGUGAUACAGCCGCGAGACUAUUGGAGGGCUUGAAAUCCCAAACGGAAGUUGCUACACAGCAAUUGGAAGUAUCCAAGGAACAAGUUGCUGUUUCAAAAGAUCAGCUCACAGUAUCAAAACAGCAACUCGAUGCGAUAACGCAACUGGCAUCAUCGCUAAGCAUUAAUAACACCCAUAUCAACCUCAACAUUGUACCCGAGGCUCAGUACCACAGCGCUGACACAGCGGAGGCACCUAGGUGUCUCGAGGGUACUCGAGCAAGUAUUCGCAAACGACUCCUGUCCUGGAGUGAGUCUACGACUGGUCCAAAUAUCUUCUGGCUCAAUGGAAGUGCGGGUACCGGUAAAUCAACCAUCGCACGAACUAUAGCAGAUUCCCUCGACGAGAACGGUACCUUGGCGGCGGGCUAUUUCUUUAAACGCGGUGACGAGACGAGAAAUAAAAUGGUAAGGGUACUUCCUACUCUGCUUCAUCAAGUGGUUCGACAUAUUGUAGGACUCAAGGCUUGCGUAUCCGCUAGUCUAGGCUCUGAGGAUGGCGAUGCGCUGGAUGCCAUGUCUUUGGAUUUCCAGUUUGAAAAACUCUUUGAUGUCCCUCUCCGGACACUCGAACCUUUGUACAUGGACCACAAGCCUCAAGUUAUUAUUAUUGAUGCGCUGGAUGAAAGCAUAGAACAAAAUCUGGCUUAUAAAUUGCUCUUUGAGCUUGCCAAACUUGGAUCCAAGCAUCCGCGAUUCAAUGUUCUCGUCACAAGUCGAGCAACAACAGAACUUGAGCUGGUCCUUGAAAAUCUUGCAGAAAAGGGAAGAGUCUAUGAAGUACUUCGUCUUCAGGAAGAGUUCGCUGAAGAAACCAAAGAAGAUAUUGAAGCAUUCCUACGGAGCAGCUUCGCCGAGAUUCGGAAGAAGAGAAAGAUUAAGCGCGAUACUUGGCCAACGGAAGAAGAUAUCCAACUACUGCUCUCUAGAGCAACAGACCCGUCUCCCUUAUUUGUGUACGCUUCAUCAUUGAUUCGUUUUAUUGAUCGAUUCUCGCCCACAAAACAGCUAGAGAAGUGGCUCCAACUUUCCAGUACCAGCAACGACCAGCUACAUGAAAUCUACCAACCAAUCCUGACAGACGCGUUUCUACCAUUUGAUGAUGAGCAACUGCAUGCUGCCAAGUCCAUUCUACAAUUGGUUAUACUUGCAGUUACUCCAUUGUCUGCUUCAAGUAUAUCGGAGCUGCUUGACGUGGAUUGUGACGAUGUUCACGAGAUUUUGCGCCAGUUCCAUGCGGUAAUACAGCAAUCGGAAGAUUCUAACAGGCCGAUAUCCCUACACCACAAAUCCUUCAGCGACUAUCUUCUCUCUGAACCCACAUCUGUACCACAGACAGCUGAGUACCGAAUUAAUUCUAUUGAAGGGCAUCGGCUGUAUGCAAACAAAUGCCUAGAAUAUAUGAACGCACGGCUACGGAAAGAUAUCUUGAGCUUAGGGGAUUUCUCGCAGAAAGAAUCCACAGUCUCUUAUGAACAACGUGAGGUAAUCACAGAGGCCCUGGAGUAUUCCUGCAAACAAUGGACGCUCCAUACAACAUAUUCCUGCAUGAUCAAAUCAGAUCCAAGCGCCGUGGAAUCCUUUCUGAAGCAACACUUUCUGCAUUGGCUUGAGUGCCUUGUUUGGAUCAAUGCUUUCCCCCAGGCAGUGUCAUAUGUCGUCUCUCUUGAAAAAGAGGCGUUGGCGAUCCUUCCACCUUCAUCAUAUCUAGUGCUGUGCUUGUCUGACGCAAGGCGCUUCAUCCCCUCGCUGAAUGAGUUCAUCUUUACGUACCCGCUCCAGCUGUACUGUACAGGCCUGGUGUUUGCUCCCACAGAUACCUUUUUGAGAAAUGAAUUCUGGCACGAAGGACCAAAAGAGAUUUCCAAAGUAGAAGGCAUUGCACCAGAGUGGGAUACAACACUGCAGCUGUUACCUACACCCAGAGACAUGGUUUCAGUGUUGGCGUUCUCGCCUAACGGUGCACUGCUAGCCUCUGCGUCCUGGUUUGGGGCAAUCACCAUAUUCGAUACCAUCUCCGGUAUUGAUAUUGUGAGAUUGCAAUCGCCGACAAGAAUUGAUACUAUCGUCUUUUCACCAGACGGCACUAUGAUUGCGGCAUUGGAUGAAAAUGGGUCGAUGCUUUUCUGGGACAUCCAUUCAGGACAACUAGAAAAUACUAUCAAGAACUGUCCAAACCUGCUGAUGACAUUUAAUAAUCAGCAAGGCAACAGACAAGUAUAUACUCAGAAGCUGUCUUUUCCAGAUGAUGGCAGAGCUUGGCAUGUCAAAGCGUGGCGAAUGACCCAGAUUAUCCCACGGCUCAAGCGAGAGGGGAUGGAUGCCUUCAUUGCCGAGUUCAUGACCAAGUAUGGAGACACAUACAAUUGGUUUCAAGUUUUCUCUGAUGACGGGUCUACAGUAGCAUCGCCUACUGCCAUGGGUGCUAUAGCCGUGUGGGACGUUUACUCCGGACGCCUAAAGGCAAAGUUUGGCGCGCAUCAAGACCUCCUUUGUGGAUUACUACUCUCUCCAAAUGGAUCGACCAUCAUUUCAAACGCCCAGUCGGCAAAAACAACGCAUAUAACCGAAAAGUAUGCCUGGGAUAUUGCGUCUGGCUCUAGAAUUGCCGACUUUGGAGACUUUCGCGAGGCCCUCCGUGUUCAACUUUCAUCAGAAACCUUUCUUCGGCAUUCCAAUAAACUAUGCUUCCAUACAUCGUCUGGUCUGGCGCUUUGGGACAUUGAUUCUAAAGCAUUGACCCAUGCUGCAUUUGAGAAGCCAGCAAGACCCGACAUAGUUGUAUCAUUCGACGACAAUCUCUGUGCAAAUGUGCUCUCGAAUGGCCAUUCCAUAAGAAUAUAUCGCCCUUUAUGGAAGUUGACUGGCGGCACACAGGAGACUUAUCAAUAUCUGAAAAUGGAUCCUGAGACCGACGCAGUUAAACAGUUUACCAUAUCUUCAAAGGGUGUUAUUGCUUUGCAAUAUGACUACACUAUUGAAUUCCGAGACCUCGCGACAGGCAAAUGCCUAUAUCAGGACAUCGGGUUGUCCGCACAUAAGCCCGAGGGAGCACGAUUUUCCAAUAAUGGUGAAACAGUUAUGUACAUGCAGAGUUCGGAGUCUUUGGUUGUUCGAAAUACACACGACUUUUCGACAGCCUUUUCAGUAACCCUUUAUCAGAACCUUUAUCGGACAGCCCAUGAUCGCCGCUUCAACUGGUCAUAUGAGGCACUGUCGCCCGACGGGAAUCUCCUCGCGGUUGCCUGCGAAAACUUGCCGGUGACAGUGUAUGAUAUAAACUCAGGCCUGAUUGUUGGUAGUCUGGAUGAGGUGAAGCCUAGACCCGAUCCAUUCUACUUUUCGCCGCAAUCCGACAGCGUAACCUAUUACGAACUCGUCCAAGACAGCAUAUCCGCCGUUCAGACCACGUUUUUGGUCUUCUUUGAGUUUGACGGGGAAGCAUGGCACCGCCGGUGGCGUGCUGCCGAUCAAGUAUGCAAAUGCUUCACGCAUGAUGGCUCUCGACUGCUAACACGCCGACUUGCUGAGCAAUCAGAGGGCUCACGAUGGGAGAUAUUGUCUGCUGUUGAUGGCAGUCGAUUACUAUUUGUCACUCCCAUAGAAGAGGUGUUGGACAUGGAUUACCUGGCGGAAUUUGAAUGGGUUCAGGUAUCGACAGACAUGAUGGUUCCAGCGCAGGCCGUUAAGUAUCUAAAAAGCAGGAUGAGCUAUCUCAACACUGAGACUGGCGAACUGGAGCUUAGACCUGAGGUGAAGAGUCCGGUUGAUUUGUUAUUCAGACAUGGAUGGUUGAUAUGCAAUGGAAAGCCCAUCAUUUUUGUUCCUGAGUCUCUCAGCAGGCUUUAUCCUGAGUUUGGCAUCUGGAAGAAUACUGCUUAUCAUGUCAGUAAAGACCGUUUGGUCUGGCUGGAUAUGGUCAUACCUGCCUGA